ACAGAUUAUAUUGAAGAUAAGAGAGCAAUAUACAAACCUGUCGAUCACAUCCAUUUCAUACAAGUUCUCUCCUGUCCUCCCGAGUUUCAAUUCAAUGGCUUUCUCACCAACAUCUUCGCCGUGUACAUCUCUCUCACACCUCCAUUCUUCUUCUUGUUCUUCUUCUUCGCUACUUACCCUCUUCAGAUUACAGCACCCUCAUCUCCUCUCUCCUUCCUUUUCUUCUUCUCUCAGUGCAAAACGUUACGAGAGCCGUCGCACUCGCAUUCGCGUCACCGCUUCUGCGGCGGCUGCCACUAUUGAGUCUGGAAACGGCGCCUUACUCACCCCAGAAAAGAGCUUCGACUCCAUUUCCUAUGGAAGACAGUUUUUUCCUUUAGCUGCGGUUGUUGGCCAGGAUGCUAUCAAAACUGCUUUGUUGCUUGGGGCUAUAGACCGUGAAAUUGGAGGAAUUGCUAUCUCCGGAAGGCGGGGAACAGCGAAGACAGUAAUGGCACGCGGGUUGCAUGCUAUUUUACCACCCAUUGAAGUAGUCGUUGGUUCAAUGGCAAAUGCUGAUCCAGCCUGCCCCGAAGAGUGGGAAAAUACUUUAGCUGACUGCAUGGAGUUUGAUUCUGCGGGUAAUAUCAAGACUCAGAUUGUCCGGUCUCCUUUUGUACAGAUUCCACUUGGAGUCACGGAGGACAGACUUAUUGGAUCUGUUGAUGUUGAGGAGUCUGUAAAAACAGGAACCACUGUUUUCCAGCCAGGCCUUCUUGCUGAAGCUCAUCGAGGUGUAUUAUACGUUGAUGAAAUUAAUCUUUUGGAUGAGGGUAUAAGUAAUUUGCUUCUUAACGUAUUAACUGAAGGAGUUAAUAUUGUGGAAAGAGAGGGAAUCAGCUUUAGACACCCAUGCAAGCCUCUCUUGAUUGCUACUUAUAAUCCGGAAGAGGGUGCUGUUCGGGAACACUUACUAGAUCGUAUUGCAAUUAAUUUGAGUGCAGAUUUUGAAAUGGGUUUUGAUGAUCGUGUUGCAGCCGUGGCGAUUGCAACCCAAUUCCAGGAACACAGUUCUGAAGUCUUUAAAAUGGUUGAAGAAGAAACAGAAUAUGUGAAAACUCAGAUCAUUUUAGCAAGAGAGUAUCUAAAGGAUGUUACUAUCAGCAGAGAACAAUUAAAGUACCUGGUUUUGGAAGCUCUUCGAGGUGGUUGCCAGGGGCAUAGAGCUGAGUUAUAUGCUGCUCGUGUUGCAAAAUCAUUAGCUGCGCUAGAUGGACGAGAAAAAGUUAAUGUUGACGACCUCAAAAAAGCUGUAGAGCUGGUCAUUCUUCCUCGUUCAAUCAUCAGUGAGAACCCACCAGAACAGCAAAAUCAACAGCCUCCACCUCCACCACCUCCUCCACAAAAUGAACAGUCUGGGGAGGAACAAAAUGCAGAGGAAGAAAAAGAGGAUGAGAAUGAUGAAGAGAAUGAUGAAGAGAAUGACGAAGAGAAUGAACAAGAGCAAGACCAAAUACCUGAAGAGUUUAUCUUUGAUGCAGAAGGGGGUUUGGUGGAUGAGAAGCUACUCUUUUUUGCACAGCAAGCGCAGAGACGCAAAGGAAAGGCUGGGAGAGCAAAGAAUGUAAUAUUUUCAGAAGAUAGAGGUCGAUAUAUUAAGCCAAUGCUUCCAAAGGGCCCAAUAAAGAGACUAGCUGUUGAUGCAACUCUUAGAGCUGCUGCACCAUAUCAAAAGUUGCGUAGGGAAAGGAACACCCAAAGCAGUAGGAAAGUUUUUGUUGAAAGAUCUGAUAUGAGAGCAAAGAGAAUGGCACGAAAAGCCGGAGCACUGGUUAUAUUUGUUGUUGAUGCAAGUGGAAGCAUGGCAUUGAAUAGAAUGCAGAAUGCAAAAGGUGCAGCACUCAAGUUACUAGCAGAAAGUUAUACGAGCAGAGAUCAGGUUUCUAUCAUUCCUUUCCGUGGAGAUUCAGCAGAAGUUCUUCUGCCUCCUUCUAGAUCAAUUUCAAUGGCACGAAACCGUCUUGAGAGACUUCCCUGCGGUGGAGGUUCUCCCCUUGCUCAUGGUCUGACCACGGCUGUUAGGGUUGGAAUAAAUGCAGAGAAGAGUGGUGAUGUUGGACGCAUAAUGAUUGUUGCAAUAACGGAUGGUAGAGCCAAUAUAUCACUAAAAAGAUCCACUGACCCUGAAGCCGCUGCUGCUAGCGAUGUUCCAAAACCUUCGUCACAGGAGUUGAAGGACGAGAUUCUUGAGGUUGCUGGUAAAAUCUACAAAGCAGGGAUGUCUCUCCUCGUCAUUGACACUGAAAAUAAGUUUGUUUCAACUGGUUUUGCUAAGGAGAUUGCCAGAGUAGCUCAAGGAAAAUAUUACUACUUGCCGAAUGCCUCAGAUGCUGUGAUCUCCGCUGCAACCAAGGACGCGUUAUCGGCCCUGAAAAGCACGUGAAGCAUUAGAAAUUGUUGUUCGUAUUGUUCUAUUCGGGAUAAUUUGACUAUAAGAGCAACUAAUUCUUACCGAAAUAUGAUUCUUAAUUGAGGCAGAGCAGCUUAGUUUCCAAUCAAAGUAUAUUUCUCGA